AUGGCAGGAAAUGAGUCUGCUAAAGCAGUUAAAUAACCUGCAAAGUUUAAGCAAAAGUAAUUUGUACCUGAUGUUGACAAGAGCCAUGAAAAUAAGCAAAAGCUAAAUAUGCCAUACAAGAAAUACCAGCUCAAAAACAGGAAUAAUCAUGAAUUGAGACCAUUCUACCUUUGGAAAGAUGGCUUCAUUGAAAGUUAUAAAAAGUACUGCCAUCAACAGCCACCACCAUAAGUUUAUCCAUCACAGCAGCAGUAAAAAAUGCCAGUCCUUGUUCAAAACGCUAAAUCUCUAAAUAGAACUUACCAAGAUGGAUUUUUCGAUUCUGAUUUUAUUACAAAGAAACGUUUUGUGAAAGGGAAGUAUCCUUCUUCAAAUGAAUCAAGGGAUGGAACAAAAUUGAGACAGGUUGAUGAGUAUCGACUUUAAGAUACCAUCGAUCCAUUAAGAACAUCCCUAUUUAAUUCUAAAGAUGUUUGUAGUCCUGUCAAAAAGUAUUUCUAUGACUAAGAGGGAAUGAUUCAAGUAGAGGGUAAGCCCAAAAAGGAAAUAGGAGUUAGGUUUUUCCUUGAGAAUACAGAAAAACUCAAAAGAAUGAUAAAAUUUGAGAAAAGUAUUUUGAAGCGAGAAGUUUCACAAACUGAUAGAUCUGAUGAUCGGUUGCUUGAGGAUGUCUUAAAUAAAGGUCGUAAUAAUCUGCUUGAAAGCUUAAAUAUUAAAGUAGCUAAGUAAAAGUCAGAUUAAAGGACAAUGGAUACACUAAGAUUAGAAGACUAAGGUGAAGAUCCUCUCAUCAAUUCAAAGACCUUUGAUACGAACAAAACUAACAACCCAGAAUUCUAUAUCACAACAUCCACAAAUAAUAACAGUAUAUGGUCUAAAUAUGUACCAGAAAAAUCCUAUUCAUAGCUAAAUGAUUCAAAUAGAAAGCCCAUUAGUCCUAAUCCAUUUAAACCUAAGAUAAGUGUUACUUCAGUUACAUCAAAGAAAUCUAAGAACGCCAAAAUAAUCAAUGAGCUUAAUUUGAGCUUUAAUGACUAUGUGUCUCAAGCAGUUAAUGAUAAUACAUUUUAGAAUAGGUUAUACAAGACUUUUUAUAAUGAUGCAUUCGAAAGAAAUGUAAACGCUAGAAAUAAAAAACAGAUCAGAUUAACUCAUAAGGCGUCAACACUUGAUGCACAUAUUACUCUCGAUUAGAUAGAGACUGUCUCUCAGAUCAUUCCAGAGUUGGAUUAAAACAAAUGUUUCGGCCUAUCUUACCAAAUAAGUGACUACCACCAUGAAUCAAUGAUAUCGUCCUUACUUCAAAAUUGGUUCAUGAGAAAUAAGUUAAGCGAAAAAAAUUACAUUUUUAAUGACUCAAAUACUGAUUUUUAGAUUGAAAUUAUGAAUCAUAUUAGGUAGUUGAACUCAAAGUGCCAUUAAUCUUACUUGAAAGAACUAGCAGAAACUUAUAAGAAAAUCAAAGAGGAUUUCAAAGAAUACGAGAAUGAACAGAUAAAAAUAACAGCGGGAACUAGAGAAGAGUUUAUUAUCUCUCUAUAUGAUGAGGAAUUAAAAAAGCCUAGAGACACAAGUGAGGACCCAAUAUAGCAAAGUAGUGUAGAUAUCUCAAACACUGAUUUUUAGAUAGUGAUAAAUCGAUCUAUUAAGAAGUUAUAAAUAUCGGAUCGUAUAACUACUCCUUAAAAAAGUGAACAAAGAAAUAGGACAGCUAACGAUAGUUAAUUAAAAAGCAAAAAUGAGCUAGUUAUAGACUAGAAACGAUAUGAAGAGCUUUUUGAUAAGCUAUAUAAUUGUUUGUUCAGUAAAGAGGAAUUGGCUGUGCUUUAAUAAACUUUCAAAUUAAUUUUACUUUGCCUUGGAGGUAGCUAUUCGUCCUUUGCAAAGCAACCUUUGAAGUCAGAGCAAGCUGUGGCAGUGUUUGAACUUUAUCAUAUUUCUGGAAUUUAAAAGCUAUCUUGGGGAGACUUUUUAAAGCAAAUAGCCAAAUUAAGAUUCGAGAAACUUUUAGCUAAAAUAAAAAAGAAGGAUAGCCAAGGGGAAUCACCAAAACUUUCCAAAGGUUUCGUAGCUAGAAUUUUCAAUGAACUCUUGAGAAUCAAAAUAACUCCAAAUAUAUUUUACAAGAAUGAAAAUAAUCAUGUGAGUCCACUAUACAAGGAAAAGGAUAGACUGAGUGGAAUAACAAAUUCAGGAGAUAUUGUCAAAGUCAAAGAUUCUAAUUAUGUGAUAACUGAUAUUGCGGACUAUACUUAAUAUGCUCAAGUCAGCAAUAAAAUUGACUAAUCACCUAACAUGAUUGUGGGUGCUAGCUAAGAUCAUAAUUUCAUCCAGAGAUUGAAUAGACAUACCAAUAUGGGUGCAGCUACCACAGGAGGUGUAUUCGAUAUUGCUUAUAAUAUGGGUGGCAUAUCACCAUUUCAAACUAGUGGAAUUAACCCCAUCAAGACAAGUUUAAAUGAUGAAAGGCUCUUGCAUAACAACAUUAUGAACGGGCUUGGACUUCCUUAGCAAACUAAUCAAAAGUAAAUUACAGCAAUUCCUUCAACAAGCGUCUUCAAUUAUUCAUUAAAAUCUUUCAAUGAUGGUGACCAAGACGAAGAUGAUGAUUAAAAGAUUCAACUAGAGGAUUCCUAUAGUGAAGGAUUCCAGAUAAUAUCAAAGCAGUGCAGUUCUUAAUUCAAAGAUCAAGAACUUGAAAAUGCCAUGUAUCAAGCAGCAGCUCAAAAAAUUCAAAGUACAUUGCUCAAUUCACAUCAUAGGCAAAUCCCCUCCCAUUCAAAUAUUAAUGGGAAAGAACAUAGUUUAUAUUCAGAUGAGUAGAAGAAGUCUGUAUUUUUGUACUCAUCCUCAAAUGAUGAUAUCAUUUAGAGUUAAAUAUCUUAAAGAAUAUCUAAUUUACAAAGUUAAUCUAACCGAGGGUCAAGUAAAUAGAGUUUACAGCUAUUUUCUAAUUUGAAUUCGAAUUCUUCAGGAGGAUUAAAUUUGUAGACUAGUUAAAAAUAAAAUGAUCACAAUAUGUUUAAGACUACUUCAAGUAAUCUCUAGAUUAGUGAUAUGACAUUGAGUCUUAUAAGAGAUGGGACAUAGUCAAGUAUAGUUAACUUUAACCCUCCUCCGAAUAACCAAUUCGGUGGAAGAAACUAUCUUGAUACAGAUGCCUUUGAAAUUAAAGAAGAGGAAGAUGAAAACUGUUAUACACCUAUGAAUUAAUUUUUUCCUCAAAUUACAGAGGAGCUUUCUAAAAAGGGAUCAUUAUAAUCUAUUUAAAAUCAGAUUUAAUUCAAGAAUUCUGGGAUGUUCAGCUCAAAUGGAGAUAAUUAAAAUAAUCAGAUAUCUAUAUCCGUUGUAGAGGACUCAUUCUAUCAAUGUGAUUAUGAUGAAUAUAUGGAGGAGAAAUGCUCACUUUCAGAUAAUAUUUAGGGAGAUGACCCAAUAGGUUUUGAUUCUAAAUUCACAUCAAAUCAGAAGACUAUAAAUUCUCACAAUAACUCUCAGAGAAAAGACAUGAAUUCUUCUAUUUCCUAGAAUAGCUACAAUUAAAUCAAAGUUCAAUAGUGUGACUCCUAGCUAGGCAAUCUUUAAAACAAUAGAACUCAUUUCUAGACCUUAAGUUAAUGUUCAAGUGGUCUUCCUCCAAAGUAGGGAAUAUUAUAAUUCAAUUCUUCAACUUUAAAUUCUGACUAAAGACUUGGAUCUGCUGGAAUCUCAGAACUAAUUACAAAUAUCCCUUCAAAUGUUUUUCAAUCAAUUUAAACAGCAAAGUAUAGUGACAUCUAAUCACUGAAGUAAUUGGAAAAGAAUGGACAUUAGGCUCCCCUUCAUUCAUUUGCAAAUUAGCAAGCCAGAUAGGACAUGCUAGAUUACCUUCAAGCUGACUGUGAUAAUGAAGGAAAAAUAGCAGAAAGCAAUGAAAGAUUUGUUGAAACAUUUGGAGUAAUUGAAAUGAGAAGUACUGAGCAAAAUAAAAACUUUGAGCACUCAGGCCAUGAUGAUGAUUAAGUAAAUCUCCUCAAGCAAAGUCAAGAAGCCUAUUACUCUGGUAAAGAAAUUUAAGAGUUUUAAGCAUUGCAGGGCAAGAGAAGAAUAACUGAGGAUUAGCAAGAGUAUCAAGCAGCUUUGUUACAAAGAAAGCACAAGUAAAAUUAGAGGUAGGGUAGUUCUCAGAGAAAUCAGUACUAUUAGCAGGAAUAAUAGAAUGAUUUCAAUUAUUAAAAUCAAUAAUAAGAUGAGGAAGAAUAUUAAUAUAUGAACAAUUAAUAAUUAGAAUAGUAUGAAGAGAUCAAUCAUUAAGAGAAUUAGAUAUAGGUUGAGAGCAAAAACAAAAUUGUAGAAUAAGAAUAUGAGGAUUCACAGCAAGAGUAAGUUGAAUUUAUGGGCUAACAAUGUAGUAAUACUUAGUCAUAUUAAUAAAAAAAGCCAAAGGAUGUAGUUUAGAGAUUACUAUAUCUCUAGAAGUAAAAACAAUAAAAACUUGAACAAUAAAGAAUUAUCAAGCAAAAUUAGGAGAUGGAAUAAUGCUAGAAAAUACCACAAAUAUCUAAGAACUCAAGACAAAUACUAAAAGAGAAAGAAAUUUCAAUUCCUGCAUAUCUCGACAUGGAUACGUUCUUCGAAUCAUAGAGAAGAAAAGAAGACCUAAAACGAGCCAUUGACUAAGCUAAGCUCUUAGAAGUUACAGGAAGACCUUAGAUUUCUCAAAAAGCUCAGUCACUAAGCAGGGAAAUAAAGGAUCUUUACGAUUGGCAGAAAGAGAAAUAGCAAAAGAAAGAAGAUAUGCAAAGACAAAAAGAAGAGUUUGAGAGAUAGGAAAUAGAGACACAUCAAUAAAAAGGAAAGAAGUAUCUAUGCAAGGAAAGUUAUAAGUACUUGCAAAAUAAGGAGAACCUGUAUAACAAUCAAAGAAUUGAAGAAAGGUUAAUUAAUAUUGGAGUAUAGAAUAAGAUUAAAAAAGAGUAAGCUGUAAAGCACAAAGUCUUAGAGGAAAUAUAGAUUGCCAAUCAGCAUCAUAACAAAGAUAAAAAGAUUAGUGAUAAAUAUCUAAUGAGAAGCAGAAAAAGAUAAGAGUCUAAAUAGGAUCUUACACUUAGCCAUACAGACUUAAGGUAAAUCUCAGCCAACAAGGAUAGACAAGAUCUUUAUAAGAAAUACUAUAUGGAAAAGAAAAAGGAGGCAGAGGGAAGAUUACUAUCUACAACUCAACUAUAGUCAGCAUUUAACUUAAGUCCCCUUGGCAAAAAUUAUGAUCCUAAUGCAAUAAGUAGAAAUAAUUUAUACUAGGCUGGUCCCUUCAGUCAAACUUAAUCAGUUACUUCCUUCAAUCAGUAUAUGAGCAUACCCUCAGCUGGUCUACCAUUGAGUCCUGUCACAAAUAGCAAUAAUCAAUAUCAGUCAUUUUAAGCAGGAAUAAAUAGCACCUCCUAGCCAUUCUUUGAUGUUGCUAAAUCUAAUAAUACCUGCUCAUUUGGAAAUAUUUAGGUAUCUUAAUCAUUCAGAAAUGCCUCAAUUUAGUAACUUCAACCUUAUAACCAAAACAUUAAUUCUUAGCCACCCUCAAGUCUAGACAUCUAUCAACAGAUGAUAAUUUAAGCAAAAACUGGCUAGAAUAGUAAUGGAUUACUUUAAAAAGUAGAUAGUUAGUGUGCAUCUAACGCUAGUACAAGUUGCUUUGAGAAUUUAGAUAAGUUAAGCAACUAGUAAUCUAAAGUUAAACUCUUGCCUCCAAAAAUGAUAACAAAAAAGUCUGAGAAUAAAAUUGAAUAAAGAUAGCCUUUAAAAAGCUACUAGAGGAUGACAACUACAAGUAGAUCAAGAUCAAAAUCAAAAGAAUGCUAAUCCAAUGCAUUUAGAUCAAUUUCACCUAGAGACUAGCAAGUGAUUGGUUCAGGUAAAAUUCAGAAUGAAGCAGAAAACGACAAGUUUUAUGAGAGAGCUCGUAAAUGGAGCAAAGAAAGGUAGAAGAAGAUUGAAAAUUAGCAAGAAAAGUUGAAUCUACUAGAGACACUUAAAUGCACUUUUAGGCCAACUAUUUCAGAAAAAUCAUAGAAAUUAUUUAGCCCAUCAUCUUAGGACUCAAGGAUGAAAGCGAGAUUUGAAAGAGGACAGGGUAACUAUGCAACAUUCAGACAUAAUUCAAAGGGUAGCAAACCAUCAACAUUUACCAAGGAGAUGCUUUUAGAAUAAUUAAUGAGCUCAACUAUUUCUCCAUUGAAGGAGAUUAAUGAAAGCUUAAAUAAUGACGAGAGGACUGAUCCAUUUUUGGAAUAAGUCAUCACUGGUUAGACAUCUCAAAACAGUGCAGAAACCACAUUGAAAGUAGGAUCAGGAUUUACCUCAAUAAAUUAAGCGUCAAUGAGAUCUCUUCAAGGAAAUAGUAAUUAAAUUAAGGCGUAUGGUGCCAACUUGAAUCUCUAUAGUCAAAAGUAAUUAAUUAACUUAUGA